AUGCGCCGUUUUGUCCAGUACGCGGAGGAUCACGGCACCCCUGUCGCCCCGGCGCAGAAGAGACAGAAGGUUCCUACAGCCAACGCAUCGGCCGAAGACGGUCAAACAAGCUCCGGCUCCCAGGCAUGGGCCUGCCCUCCUGCAAGCACGCUGUCGGCGGCUUUGGAAGGAUUCACGUUUCAACCACAGCCAUCUCCCGUGCGCGCACAAUACAGACCCUCUGAAGCCGGCGGUCAGCCAGAAGUCACGCAAGCUGGUGCUGCUGGCGCAGUUCCCCCCGAACAGCCUGAGCUGGGCUUUCGACACCUCCUAGGUCUUCAGACCCCGCUGAUCCAAAGACCAGACCUUUCCCAGCUGCAAGCUCCCUUCACAGCUGCCGCGAUGCAGCCUUGUGGUCAAGCGCCAGCAGCUUCAACAGCAUACAAUCAGGUUCGCACCCAGCAGCCCUUACAUCACGAGUCGUGCGUCCAGCAACAGCAGCAGGGUCGUCUGCAGGCCCCCUCGUGGAGCUGUGGAAUGCAGUUCUCGCAGCCACGAUCUCUGCAGCAGCAGCUGCAGCCCUCACAGUCACCCUGGUUCAGCGGCAACGU